CUUUGGUAUGCUCUGCUCUGAAUAACUGCACAUUAUGCCAGUUUGUCACCAAUGUGGCCAUUAUUCAAUUCUGGUCCAGAGUGCAAAUCAAAUGGGCAUUAAGAAAUCAACUCACUUGUUCAUAACAUUCAUCUUCACCACCUUCCUUUUUGCAUCAUUAUUCUUUAUACAAGGUUAUGCAUCCAGAAUAGCAUCUCAUCAUCACCAAGGACUCUCUCAUCUCUCUCAAUCCCUCAAUGAAUUGAAUUUAAAGGGUGUUGGAGGAGAAUGGUGGAUGAAGAAUUCAAGGAGACUAAUGAUCGGGUCAACGGCUCCUGUAUGCACUUAUAAUGAAUGUAGAGGGUGUAAGUUCAAGUGCAGAGCAGAACAGAUUCCAGUUGAUGCCAAUGAUCCAAUCAACAGUGCAUACCACUACAGAUGUGUCUGCCACAGGUAACCAACAACAAGACAGCGCUUUGUUAAUAUAGAUAUGGAAGUAAAAAAGUUGAAUGAGAGUGUAUGAGUCUAAUAAACAAAUUAUAGAUCAAACUGAAGAUUCAGAAAGGUUUCAACAUCUCAGGAUAUUUGUCUUCUUAUUUGUUAGAUAUCAUUCUGUUGUAUAACCAUUGUUCAAAUGAUGAGUCAUUGGAGAGAGCUGUAAUUUGCAGUUUGUUUUGAAUGAGAAACUGUAUGAAUUGUGGGUUUUCUGUUUUCUAUUUGUCCUCAUUAAUGGAGAGAAGGAUUGGGAAAAUGGCCCAUAUUUUACCUUUUUCUUCUUUUUCUUGGUCAAUUUGUUUUCUUCAUCUUCUUGGUCUUAUUUCUUUGCUGUUACACUUCUCUAGGCUAGUUUACUAGCACUUGUGCACAUUCUGGUGGAGAGUGGACACUCCAUAUACCAAGAUUCAACCUCUUGGAAGUAGCAAGACCAGAGUUUCACCAAUUUCAUA